UAACUAACUAUCCAGACCCUAACCCACUCAUAUCUAUUUCUAUUUCUCUUCUCUCCCUUCUUUCCACGUCACCCUCUACCCUUUUUGCUAUCCUACGCCCCCCUUCUCUUCUCCUUCUUCGCACCUUAGCUCCCACCACCAUCUAUUUGGUAUUUUUUUCCCCCUCAGAUUCAAAUCCCAAUCAAUCCCUAGCACAUAAAACUCUCAUGUUUGUUCUCACAACCUCACUACUGGCUCAAAAAAAGUUUGAUUUUUUUUUUUGGUUUGAGCUGCUAACGUGCGCCGUCUCUCCCAGACCUGGAUUUUGCUGAUGCUACAACGAUCAGCGGAUAUGAACAAAUGGGUUUUGAGUUUUAUGUGUCUUGACUGGGGGUGUGGUUGCAAGAUUUGAUUUUGUAUGGAGCUUUAGUAUUGGGUUGUUGUUGUUGUUUUUUGUUUAGUACAGGGAAGAGUGGUCACGAUGGAUGCUGAAACUGAGACUGAGGAACUUAUAAAUUUGAACGAUAAAUCAAGUAACUUUGGUGGGAAUAAUAGUAAGAGUGGCGAUGGAUUCAUUGACAGAAGCAAAGUGAGGAUUUUGUUGUGUGAUAACGAUUCCAAGAGUUCUGAAGAGGUUUUUGCUCUUCUUUUGGGAUGCUCUUACCAGGUUACUUCAGUAAGGUCAGCUAGGCAAGUAAUUGAUGCACUGAAUGCGGAGGGGCAAUAUAUAGAUAUCAUACUAGCUGAAGUUGACCUUCCAAUAAAGAAAGGCAUGAAGUUGUUGAAGUACAUAGCAAGGGAUAAAGAAUUGUGUCGAAUCCCUGUUAUAAUGAUGUCUGCACAAGAUGAGGUUUCCAUUGUUGUAAAGUGCUUGAGGCUUGGAGCAGCAGAUUACCUAGUAAAGCCUUUACGCACAAAUGAACUACUAAAUUUGUGGACACACAUGUGGAGAAGGAGGCGCAUGCUUGGACUUGUAGAGAACAACAUCUUGACUUAUGACUUUGAUCUGGUAGCAUCAGAUCCAAGUGAUGCCAAUACAAACAGUACCACCUUGUUCUCUGAUGACACAGAUGACAAGUCCAAAAGAAGCACUAAUCCAGAGACAGGAGUAUCAAUCCAACAGGAACAAGAGGCUAGUAUUGCCACCAUUGCUGCUGUGGUGGUGGAGCUUCCCAAUGCUCUUCUAUCAGAAUAUCAGCCUGAUGUGCCUGGAAUAAGUGAUCGUCGAACAGUUGCAGCUACUCCAAGGCAGCAUCCAUCAAGCAGCAGAACUAAUGAUGGACAUUUUUUAUCUGGUCCAAAGAAGAGUGAACUGAAGAUUGGAGAGUCAUCAGCCUUUUUCACCUAUGUCAAAGCAACAACACUUAAGAGAAACGUUGAAGAGAGUGCUCAUGUUGACAAUACUACUACUACAGAAGUCAGGGUGGAAGAUAUGAAUCAAGCAUGUACUGAACAGGGGGGUAAUGACCUUAAAACACAUGAAAAUGAAGAAAUGUUUGAAAACCAUUCACAAGAUGACUUACCCAGCAGCAAUAGUAUCCCCGAUUCUUUCUCUAUUGAGAGAUCUUGUACUCCACCUGCAUCGACGGAAGUUUCACAGCAAAAGCAUUACAAGGAAGAACAUUCUCAGGGAGUGGUGCAUCCAAGAAAUGGUAGUCAUGGUUCUGGGCCUGCUCAACAUGCUUAUCCAUAUUAUAUUUCAGGAGUUGUUAAUCACGUUAUGAUGCCAUCAUCAGCACAACUGUAUCAAAAGAAUAUCCAGGACCUGCAGAGUCAUGCUGGUUCUUCCAUGAUUGCACAGUACAAUCAUCUUCCCCAAUGUCCUCCUCAUGCAAAUGGGAUGACAUCCUUCCCAUAUUAUCCGAUGAGCAUUUGCUUACAACCUGGUCAGAUUUCUACUAAUUCUUGGCCAUCAUUAGGAAGUUCAAGUUCAUGUGAAGUAAAAAUAAGUAAAGUUGAUAGGAGAGAAGCAGCAUUGGUGAAGUUUAGACAGAAAAGGAAAGAGCGCUGCUUUGAUAAGAAAAUUAGGUAUGUCAACAGAAAACGGCUCGCAGAAAGGCGGCCUCGUGUGAGGGGACAGUUUGUCAGAAAGUUGAAUGGUAUUAAUGUGGAUCUUAAUGGGCAACCUGCUUCCACUGAUUAUGAUGAAGAUGAUGAAGAAGAGGAAGACAAUCAUGGAGCAAGAGAUUCCUCUCCUGAGGAUGCUUGAGAAUCUUAAAUUGUUCCUUUGACCAAAGGGUGAAUGGCCAAUGAAUUCCUUCCUGCACUAAAACUGUCGUGUUGAGGACUUGACACUGUUCCUGGUUUUGAUGGAAAAUUCAUGCGACAGCAUUAAUCGAUGAGCACGUGCUGUCUGUCGGGGAUGCUGAUCCAAGUCCCCUGGGUACCCUCCUCAUCAGUUGGAGUUCAAACAAACUCUUGCUGGGUAUCACUUUCCCAAAAGAAUGAUCCGUCACUCUUCCAGAAGGUAUACCUCCUUCAGGUCAUGUCCAACACGGUUGAAAGUAUGGCAGUUUUGUUUAAUUGUAACUUAUUGAACUAUUAUGAGAUUUACUGUCAAACAAAUUUUACAACCUGCUCAAGCAUAUCCUGAUAUCUCUCUUCAUAAUUUUACUCUGUACCAAGUGUUGUGUUAUUAAACUAAUUUAGAGUGGUCAAACCCAAGGUUGAAAGUAGCUGGGUGAUUAUUUCUGAUAUUGGUUAGUUGUAGUCAUCUAAUAUAGGUUGAGCUAUUUACCAACUGUUGAGUGGAAUGAUCAACCGAAACCUCUGGACAAUGUUACUAUUAAAGAUUUUUCACUA